GCUGAAGCGAAAAGCACAUCCAUCCUCGACCACACAUCCAGCAUUUAUCCGUGUGUGUGUGUGUGUGUGUGUGUGUGUGUGUGUGUGAGUGAGUGAGUGCGUGUCUCCGUGGAUUGUGUGGACUCCUGCUCCUGCACCGUGAAAAGUGUACGUGUUUUUUUUGUUUAGUUUUUUUAACGAGUGGAUCCUGCCUGCACCAAGUUUUUUUUUGUCUUCCACUCACAUCGGAGCAUGGCUGCGUGUCUCCGCGACUGUUGCUGAUGUGUGGGAUGUUCCUCCGAGCCGCGUGGGUCCUACUUUAGGAUCUGAAGAAGCGGUGUGAAGUUUGAGCUCUAGGCGAGGCGCAUCUGCAACAACAACGACGACGACGACGGCGGCGGCGGCGGGUGUGAGGCGGUGAGUGGUCCAGACACAUUCAUUGGGAGGACGGCAGCCAGGAUGAGGUGCCUCUAUGACUUUUUAAAUUGCACUUAAAGGCAGCGGAGGAGAGCGCGGGCUGCGCAGCCUGACACAUCUGCAGGAGCAGACGACCUCAUCAUUGCAUCUGCAAACAGCCUCAUUCCACGCUCUUUUUCCACAUCAGAGCAAAACAAAGACAUCAGAAAUGAAGAAGUUCCGUAAGGUGUUGGACGGCUUGACCACCUCAUCACCAGGUGGCGGGACUAUGGGAUCGCCGUCGUGUGGCAGCGCCGCCGGGACCCCCACCACCGCAGCGCCAACCCCCAAAGAGAUCGACGUGCAAGAGACGCUCGUGUCGGAAAACUUUCAGCUGUGUAAGACGGUGCGCCAUGGUUUCCCCUACCAGCCCACUGCUUUGGCCUUUGACCCUGUGCAGAAGAUCCUGGCCAUCGGCUCCAGAUCAGGUGGUGUUCGGAUACUGGGACGACCCGGGGUUGACUGCUUUUGUCAGCAUGAGAGCGGUGCAGCUGUUCUUCAACUUCAGUUUCUUAUCAAUGAGGGGGCUUUGGUCACGGCCUGCGCAGAUGACACAUUACACUUGUGGAAUCUUCGUCAGAGGCGGCCGGCAAUCCUGCAUUCGCUCAAAUUCAACAGAGAAAGGAUCACAUUUUGCCACCUUCCCUUUCAGAGUAAAUGGCUUUAUGUAGGGACGGAGCGCGGCAACACGCACAUCGUCAACAUCGAGUCCUUCAUUUUGUCUGGAUAUGUCAUCAUGUGGAACAAAGCCAUCGAACUAUCAACUAAAACUCAUCCAGGACCUGUAGUUCAUUUGAGUGACAGCCCAAAGGAUGAAGGAAAGCUUCUCGUCGGGUUCGAGAGCGGUACAAUAGUACAGUGGGACCUCAGGGUCAAAAAGGCUGAUUUCAGAAUCUACUAUGAUGAGGCCAUCCACUCAGUCAGCUGGCAUCAUGAAGGAAAACAGUUCAUGUGCAGCCACUCUGACGGCAGCCUGACCCUGUGGAACCUCAGAAACACCUCCAAGCCCAUCCAGGUCACUUUCCCACAUGGUAAAAUACAGAAAGAUGGGAGGAAGGAAUCAUGUAAACCGAUAUUGAAAGUGGAUUAUAAGACCUCAAGGAACAGUGAGCCUUUCAUCAUCUUCUCUGGAGGUCUUUCAUACGACAAGGCGGGACGGCGGCCCACGUUAACCAUCAUGCACGGCAAGGCCAUUACUGUGCUAGAGAUGGACUAUCCUAUUGUUGAGUUCAUGACUCUUUGUGAGACUCCUUACAAUAACGAAGUCCAGGAUCCUUAUGCAGUGGUGGUGCUUUUAGAAAAGGAUUUAAUAGUGGUGGAUCUGACGCAGAGCAACUUCCCUGUCUUUGAGAACCCUUACCCCAUGGACAUCCAUGAGUCUCCAGUUACAUGCACAGCUUAUUUUGCAGACUGCCCUCCAGACAUCAUCCCUGUCCUGUACUCCAUAGGAGCUAAACACAAGAAGACCGGCUACAGUCAAAAGGAGUGGCCAGUUAGUGGGGGAAUGUGGACGUUAGGCUCACACACCUACCCGGAGAUCAUCAUCACUGGACAUGCAGAUGGAUCUAUCAAGUUUUGGGACGCAUCUGCAAUUACACUGCAGAUGUUAUACAAGUUGAAGACUUCCAAGGUGUUUGAAAAGCCAAAACCAAACGAGGGUCGUGCUGCAGAGCUGGUGGACGAUGACCCCUUUGCGGUGCAAAUGGUCAGCUGGUGUCCCCAAAGUCGCAUCUUCUGUGUCGUGGGGAUCUCGGCCCACAUCAUUCUGUACCGCUUCAGCAAAUAUGAUGCCAACACUCAGAUUGUGUCUCUAGAGGUGCGACUGCAAUGUGAUCCGGAAGAUGUCAUCUCUCCAUCCGAAAAUGAAAACAAUCCCUGCUUCUCAGAGCCCCACUCAGGCUCCCACUCUCCUCAGCCCCACCACCAACACCCAGUGAGCCCUGGCGGUGGAACACCGGAGUCUUUCAAAGACAGCACCCCCUGCCUUAAAGUAAAGGAUCGGGUGGUGCGGGUCCCUCCUGGCUACCAAGCAGAGCUUGUGAUCCAGCUGCCUUGGAUCGAUGGAGAACCUCCACAGCAGAUUUCAAGCCUGGACAUCAACUCCGCCUAUGGCCUUUUGGCAUUCGGGAACUGUAAUGGACUUGCGGUAGUCGACUACUUGCAGAAAACCAUCCUGUUGUGCAUGUCCACUCUGGAUUUGUACGGAGCCGCCGAUCCCUAUCAACGCCUUACCCGCUCCCCCCGUAGGAACAGACAGUCCACCUCAGAGUUUUGCAUGCGAGGCCUGUCUAACUUUUAUUCCGAUUCAAAGAAAAGGAUCCGUACAUCCUACCAGAGCCUUACUGAACUAUCUGACAACCAGCAGUCUGUUGACAUGGAGAGAAGCAAGUCGCCCACCUCAGAUCAUGUCAAUGGACAUUGCACUAGUCCCACCUCCCAGCCCUGCUCGGCGGGGAAGCCUCGCAUCCCGAUGGGUCCCGAGGGGCCACGGCUUGCCCGCAGAGGCCCUGGCCGACCGCCGUUCCGCAAGGCCCAGUCUGCUGCUUGCAUGGAGAUCUCUUUGCCUGUGUCCCACACGGAAGGUUAUGCAUCCAGGAGGGCAAUGCUCCAGCAGUUACAUGGAGUCACAAUGUACUCUCACGACGAACACCACACCGCCACCCCCUACUGCUGGAGUGACAGAGAGAGCCGUGAAAACUCCUUCAGCCGCUCACGCAGCUCCAGUGUCUCCAGCAUUGACCGAGACACCAAAGAGGCAAUCACCACACUGCAGUUUGGGGAAUCCUUCGGGAGAAAGAGCGACACUUUGCCCACACCAUGUCUCUGGGUUGGUACCAGCCUUGGUGUGAUCAUACUCAUCCCAAUGUCCAUCCCCACUGACCAGGAGGAGAGGAUGGAGGAGCCGGUCACUAUUGGUCCCUGUGGGGCAGUUCUGAUGCUAAAGGGCUCUGUGUUGCGCUUUGGCUUCUUGGACUGCAUGGGUGCACACAUUCAAAGCCCCUACGAGGUUUGGCGUGAUCUCAACGCCCCAGAAGACCCCGACCGACCACGAAAGCGCAAGCUAGUGCACUACUCGCCCUCAUCCUCCCAGGACACCUGCGGAGAGGGACAUCUGGCUAUCGUGUGCUCUGAGAGACAGGCCAAAGUAUUCUUGAUGCCCUCGCAGUCUUGCCUCUUUGUCCACAACAUCACAGAGUCAUCCUUCGUCCUGCGGGCUGAUGUGGUGUCAGUGUGGAAUAGUGUUUGCCUCGCCUGCUUCUGUGCCAAUGGACACGUCAUGACGCUCAGUUUGCCAAGUCUAAGACCGCUGAUGGAUGUUAAUUACCUGCCUCUGACAGACAUGCGCAUUGCGAGAACCUUUUGCUUCACGAAUGGGGGACAGGCACUUUAUCUCAGUUCCCCGACAGAGAUCCAGAGAAUUACUUACAGCCAGGAAAUGUAUGACAAUCUGCAGGAAAUGCUUGGAGAGCUGUUUACACCAACAGAAACACCAGAGGCCCAGAACAGAGGCUUCUUAAAGGGCUUCUUCGGGGGCAAUGCUCAUACAUUCGACCGAGAGGAGCUUUUUGGGGAGGCAGCAGCAGGUAAGGCUUCUCGAAGUCUAGCCCAGCACAUCCCCGGUCAGGGAGGCGUGGAGGGCAUGAAGGUGGCAGCUAGCGGGGCAGUGGGUGAGCUGGCCAGGGCCCGCAUUGCUCUGGAUGAGAGAGGCCAGAGACUUGGCGAGCUAGAAGAGAGAACUGCGCUGAUGAUGACCAGUGCGGAAAGUUUCUCCAAGCAUGCGCAUGAGCUCAUGUUAAAGUGCAAGGACAAGAAGUGGUACCAGUUCUAAUCACAAGGGACAAGUGAGGCCAACUGAUGAGUUUCUGGGGGCUUUGUGCCUGGGCAGAAAUUUUAACUCAGAUGAGAGCAAAUAACAGAGAGACUGAAGAAUGACUUUCUCUUUACGGCUUCUGGGCCAAGUGUGCCGCAUUGUUACACAGUAAGAGGAAAGGGGAGCUCCUCAUUUGAUCGUUUUCUGAGAAACAUGGGGAGAAACAGGAUGGGAGCAUUUAGAGGACUGGAUGUGCGCGUAUGUGUGUGAGUGCCUGUGCGCGUGUGUGUUCUGGCGGGGUUUGGUUUUCCCCACCUCGCCGUGUAGAUAUUCAACAAUUAAGAAAUCAACAAGACAUGCAUGAAAUAAAAAAGGAAUGACUAUCAAAAUAUCAAACUGCCAUAUUAAAAAGCAGCAUGCUUACUUUAAUGCUACUUUAACAGGAGAUUCAAUUAUAAUUUUUUAUUUAAUUAUAUAGCCAACUACGGAAACUAUAAAAAAAACGUUCUAUUUUUUGAAAUAUUGACAAAAUCUAUAUAUAAAAAUACAAAUGUAUACCUGCAUCGCUAUUAAGCCAAAACUUGUGCUCUUUUCCUUUAUCACCUUUUCCUUUUGACUUUUUUUCAGCAAAUAUUUCUUGACACACUUCAAACGCACAUAGCUUUCUAUUCACAUACUAAAAUAAUACUACUACUGUUCAUACCAGGUACUCUUGGCUGCAUCUUAGUGCAACCAUGAAGGGAUUUUGCUAUUAACGGCAGUUUAAUCAAGUUUACGUUUGGGCUGCUGCUACUUUCAAAUACAAUCAAUGACGAGGCUAUAUUCCACUCCCCAACUGCAGUUUAUGAUUCAGAAAAGAAUAGUUUGAGAUGUAUGCAAAGGCUUGAAGAACACACCGUAUCUUUAUAUAAACCUAUAUAUAUAUAUUAUUAAUGUGCCAUAAAAAGCAAGAUCAGUGCAAUCAGUGUAAAGUUACAAAGAGCUAAUAAGUGGUGGUUGUCAUUUAUUUCCUGUUACAAACAGAUGAGAAGUCAAUGGAUGUUCGUGGCAUUUAUUGGAGUCAAAAAAACAUUUUCUUUCAUAAAACAACACUUAAGAGACUUACAUUUACGUUGAUGGUUCACCAUUUGGGUCUAGAGCUUAUCAUUGCAAGAUGUGCAAGUUUAGUGGGAAAUUAGGAUGCGUGUAUCUGGAAGAAUGAGUGCCGCACGUAAAAAAAAAAAAUGUGAUAAACAAUACAAGAAUACAAUACACUUAAGUCUCUGCCAAAGCAAUUAAAAAGGACUAUCACCCUAUCAUAUCGCUCCAAUUCAGAUGUUACAAGUUGUCACUUGUGUAUUUUCAGGAUUUUAAUGGACCUGCGUGUUCAUAACAGUGAUUGUUGCUGUCAAUGUGAUGGCAGUGCAAAGAGGAGUUGGCAUCACCUUCCAUUCAACCAACUUCCUUGUGAGUCGUUUAUCAGUAAAUGGUUCAGAAAACAAAACAAAACAAAAAAACAGUAUUUUCCAGUACUAUUCAGAUGUGAGUCAGUGAAGAUGUUCAUGUGUAAAACAGCAGCAAUUUCAACUAAAGGCAACUGUGUUACUUUCUUUCACUCAAUAUUGUUCUUGAUGAUUAUGGUAUCCUCUUGUCGCAGUCCUAUAUUUGAUGGUGAUGGCCUCACAAAUGGAAGGCUCUUGUAUGUGAAAAACAACAAAUGUUUCAUGAUACAUAGUGGUGUAUCAUAUUGUAAUUGUGCUGUACAUGUCAGUGCCGCGCGACACAAGCCAAUGGCAUUGAGUGAAGAGGAUCUUUUGUACCUGUGUAUUUGUCUGUAUUUUAAAAUGAUCUGGGGAAAAAAAUCAGGCCUUUAUGCUCACAAGCAUCGACACAAAUUAAUCACUGCGCCUUGAUUAUGUUGAUAUCACACCUGCAUUUCGGUGCACAAACACACACAUGCAAAGUACAGAGAAAAAUAACCGUAGUGAUGUCUCUUUGCAUUUACAACUGCUUUUCAGGCUCAAAUUUAAUGGAUGAGCCACACGCACUCACAAAUGGCAUUUAUUUAGAUUCAAUGAGACAUCUUAAACGUCAAAGAUAUUUCUCUGUACCUUCAAUUAAAUUCAUGUUCGACGUAGUCUGAAAGGCAGAGAAACGGUAUAAAGAAAAAAAAGUGACCUCUACUGACAGGGUGUUUUAUUUAUAUGUUUCUGUUUAUUUGGUUUUAUAUAUUAACUGUACUUUUCAAUAUUGGGUGGAGCAAACAAAUAUAUGAUACAGAUGGGGUAUUUUUCUCUAUAUAUGUUGUACCUGUCACUGCUGGUACUCUGAAUCUGUCUCAACCACUGAAAUUCUUGUUCUUCACACAGAAAUAUCC